AUGCGUCCACCAGUUAGGAGUAGGGUCAGGUUUCAAAUAGGGCAGAAAGUGGAGGUGUGUGGUAAAGAAGAAGGGUUUUUUGGUUCUUAUUAUGAAGCCACCAUUGUUUCAUGCGUUGGUAGCUGCUACCUUGUCCAAUAUAAAAACCUUCUAAGUGCUACUGAGCCUAAUAAGCCUCUCGUUGAGAUGGUGAAACUUAAGGACCUUCGCCCUAUUCCAUCGGAAGAUCUUGGAUCUCAUGAAUUCAUUGUUAAUCAAAAUGUUGAUGUAUUUGACAAUGAUGGUUGGUGGGUUGGAAAAAUUACCAGUAAGAGGGGUUCCAGAUAUUCUGUGUAUUUUUCUUCCACUAAUGAGGAGAUUGUUUAUCCUUCUUCCCAAAUUAGGGUUCACACAGAUUGGAUUGAUGGGUCGUGGGUAUAUCAGGAUGGAAAUCAACAAUGA